AUGGCGGUACAUAGCGGUGAUGAGAACUCACCUACGGACGCAGUAGCGACGCACGUGGGAGUAGAAGACAUUGGAAAGAUUGAAGAAUUGACAGUAAUUGGAGAAAAACGUCGUGAUCGUGAUGAAGAUGUUGUAUCGCUUGUACCGACCGUUCCAAGUGCUGAAGUUGAUGAUGAAGCCGCUUCACAGGACUCACAGGUGACGCAGGAUGACGAGAUUCACGAUGUUGUGGCUAGAAUAAAAGAGACAGCAGAUGUUGAUAUGACUUUUGAUGCUGCAGCUGCUGCUGCUGCUGUUGUACCACUCCCAGAGGCCAUGAAGGCUGAUUUAUCUACACCAGUACAGGAUGCAGUAGCCGCUGCGGCUGCCGCUGGCAUUGGUGUCGAUCCUGACGGUGCUACUAAUGUCAAAUUUGACAGUAAACGCAUGGCACGCGUGUCGUUCAACUCAUGGUUUGACUUCGACUCGUACUUUGAAUUGUACAUGCAGGAAACGUUCCAGCCCUUCCGCAUGCGCUCGUCCUGUAGUGUCGAGGCUUAUCGUCGUAAUCAACAAAAGGUGAUGCUGAACAACAAAAGCUCACGUGGACGUCGAGCUGAAUUUCCGGAUGAAGCUAUUCACCAUCACCGGAUAUAUAUGUGCACGCACGCAAUGAAGGCGCGGUGCCGUGGUGCGAACACCCGUCCUGGGCAAAAGUAUCGUGGUAUUGGCUGUAUGGCUAAGAUUAAUGUCAAGAUCACUCCAGCGGACAAUCCGUCCAAGUAUAUGGUGAUUGUCACUGAUCAGGUGGUAUCACACAACCAUCCAGUCAGUCGUGAGAUUUAUGAGGCGUACCCAGAUGUGCUACUCAAGAUGAUGCGGCGCAGUCAAUUGUCUCAAUCGAUGCUAGGUCAUCCACCUCCGCCUAAAUUUGAGACACCUCAGCAAACGCAAAAGUAUGAGCGAGCGAUGAAUACGUUCCAAUCUGUUGCGGAGACCAUGGCUCGAUUAAGUGACGAGGACUAUGAAGCGCAGCUUGGUCAAUUACAGCGGCUCUAUACUCCUACGACGGAGCAAGAUCAAACGGUCUGA